UGAAAUGAACGUUGAAGUUUCAAAGACAAUUUGAUUUUGGUAAUGUCCGAGAGAGUUAAAAUUGAUUUUGCGUCUUGCGCAUCAAGUAUCUUAAUUAAUUUUAAUUACCUCUUAGUAACUUUCAAGGGAAAUAAAGGACACUAGGAGACGCAGAAUAGUCACAAAAGGACAACAGAAGAAAGUAUUGGCCAAGAAACGUCUUCUUGAACGUAGUAAUCUGUCUUUUAUGUCAACAAUAUUAUGUGUUGCUUGACGUCAUGUACUACAUCAGUUUGGUCUUAUACAUCUUAUAUAAGCCAACGAUCAGUCGAUCACACACCCACAACACAAGCAAAACAAACUUGAAAGUUGAAAUCACUAUGGCUUCCCAAAACUCUCAACAACUUCAUCCUCCUCUUCACUUUGUUCUCUUCCCUUUCAUGGCUCAGGGCCACAUGAUUCCCAUGGUUGAUAUUGCAAGGCUUCUGGCUCAGCGCGGUGUGACCAUAACAAUUGUCACAACUCCUCACAACGCAGAGAGGUUCAAGAAUGUAUUCGACCGUGCCAUCGAGUCUGGUUUGCCCAUCAACGUAGUGCAUGUGAAGCUUCCAUAUGCAGAAGCUGGGCUGCCAGAAGGAAAAGAGAAUCUCGACUUGCUCGACUCGAUAGAGUUCAGGGUACCUUUCUUUAAAGCAGCUAACAUGCUAGAAGAGCCGGUCCUGAAGCUACUAGAAGAUAUGAAACCUAGACCAAGCUGUCUAGUUUCUUCUUUUUGUUUGCCUUAUACAAGUAAAGUCGCCAAGGCGUUCAAUAUACCAAAGAUCGUUUUCCAUGGAUUGUCUUGCUUUUGUCUUUUGUGCAUGCAUGUUUUACGCCAAAACCUAGACAUCUUGCAGAACUUAAAGUCUGACAAAGAGUAUUUCUUUGUUCCUAGUUUUCCUGACAGAGUUCAAUUCACAAAGCCUCAGUUCCCUGUGAGCACCAAUGAAAAGGGAGGUUGGACGGACAUCUUGGACGCAAUGAUAGAAGCAGAUAACACAUCUUACGGUGUAAUCACCAACACAUUUCAAGAGCUGGAACCUGCUUAUGUCAAAGAGUACAAAGACGCUAGAGAUGGGAAAGUAUGGUCAAUUGGACCUGUUUCCUUGUGCAACAAGAUAGAAGACAAAGCUGAGAGGGGAAACAAGGCGGUUAUUGGCCAAGAAGAGUGUAUCAAGUGGCUUGAUUCUAAAGAAAAAGGGUCGGUGAUAUAUGUUUGCCUUGGAAGUAUCUGCAAUCUUCCUCUCUCUCAGCUCAAGGAGCUAGGGCUUGGCCUAGAGAAAUCUCAAAGACCUUUCAUCUGGGUCAUUAGAGGUUGGGAAAAGUAUAAUGAGCUCGCUGAGUGGUUAUUAGAGAGCGGUUUUGAAGAAAGGGUCAAAGAGAGAGGGCUUCUCAUAAAAGGAUGGGCACCUCAAGUGCUUAUCCUUUCACAUCCUUCUGUUGGAGGAUUCUUGACACAUUGUGGAUGGAACUCAACUCUAGAAGGAAUCACCUCGGGUGUUCCAUUGCUCACAUGGCCAUUGUUUGGAGAUCAGUUUUGUAACCAGAAGCUGAUCGUGCAAGUUCUUAAAGUCGGUGUAGGAGCUGGGAUUGAAGAGGUUAUGAAAUGGGGUGAAGAGGAGAAGAUAGGAGUAUUGGUGGAUAAUGAAGGUGUGAAGAAGGCAGUUGAAGAGUUGAUGGGUGAUGGUGAUGAUGCUAAGGAGAGAAGAAGAAGAGCCAAAGAGCUUGGAGAAUUAGCUCACAGGGCUGUGGAUGAAGGAGGCUCUUCUCAUUCUGACAUCACAUUCCUCUUACAAGACAUAUCGCAGUUAGCACAAUCCAGGAAUUGAUUAUACGUCAAUAUUUUCUUAAAGCUAUAAAAAUAAAGUUACCAAUAAUGUCUUUCUUAAGUAAACUAUAGUUUAUCAUUCCUAUAAUAAUGUAGUUUAUCAUAGAAAAGAUAAACAAUAUUAAAGAUAAAUAAAAUCUCAAGUAAACUAGUUUAUCAUA